AUGGCGAUUGUCCUGGCAUAUGCAGACUUCAGAGGAGAUUUUGAUGAAGAAGCACAUGACAGAGAUGAAUUUCACAUCGACCAGUUGGUGAAUGAGUUCGUCGAUGAACCACCAGUCCGCCAUGAUGUGUAUCCGGAGAGUGAUACCGAUGAAAACGGUGACGGUACAGAGCCAGUUCAUACACAUAUCAGGCACGGUGAUGGGCAUUUGUAUGAUAAGCAGACAUUCUUCAGUGGAGUUGCUUUCAAAGAAGCAGUGACGGACUAUGUUCUCAGAACUGGAAACAAUUUGAAGCAAUACAGGUAUGAUAAAGAUAAAAUUGGCUUUAUGUGUGUUGGUUGUAAUGGAGAUGAUGGUUCACGGUGUGAGUGGAAGGUGUAUGCCGCAAUUCUGCCAAGUGAUAACAUGUGGAGGAUUAGAAAGUUUAAUGAUAAGCAUAGUUGUAUCCCUAAUGGAGAAUGUGAGAUGUUCAAGGUUCCACAUAUAGCUAGGUUGUUUCUUGAUAAGAUUAGAGAUAAUCCUGAGUACUUCAUGCCAAUGAAAAUGGAAGAAAUCAUAAAGGAAAGGUGGAAGAUUAGUGUCACUAGGCAUCAAUGUCAGGCGACUAGAAAGAAGGCACUAAUUUGGAUUGAUAAGGAGUAUGAUGAACAGUUUGCUAGAUUAAGAGAUUAUGCUGCUGAGAUAUUAGAAUCUAACAAGGCUUCACAUGUAGAGGUUGAAUGUGUGACUGAUGAUGGAGGGAAAGACAUGUUCAAUAGGUUCUAUAAUAAGGUCAAGGGACAGCUUUUGGUAGCUUUAGGUAGAGAUGCUAACAAUGGUAUUUAUCCAAUAGCAUGGGGGGUUGUAAAAGUUGAGAACACCGACAAUUGGGUUUGGUUUAUGAAGUUGCUGAAGACUGACCUUGGACUAAAUGAUGGUGACGGCUUCAUUAUGGUCUCUGAUAGGCAAAAGGGAUUGAUCAAAGCUGUUCAGCUGGAAUUACCAAAGAUGGAGCAUCGAAUGUGUGUACAACACAUCUACGGGAACUUGAAGAAGCAUCAUGGAAAUAAAACUCGGAUGAAGCCACUUUUGUGGGAUUUGGCUUGGUCUUACAAUGAGACGGAUUAUAAGCGGCACUUGGAGAGGAUCUACUGUUAUGAUAUUGGUGUAUACAAUGAUGUCAUGAGGACAAAUCCAAAAAAAUGGUGUAGGGCAUUCCACAAGAUUGAGAGUUAUUGUGAAGAUGUUGAUAAUAACCCCACAGAGUCUUUUAACAGCUCCAUUAACAAGGCAAGGGAGAAACCAUUUAUUGCUAUGCUAGAGACAAUCAGACGACUUGCGAUGGUGAGGAUUGCCAGAAGGUCUGCAGAAUCUUAUUCUCACACAGGGAUCUGCACUCCAUAUGUUGCAUUGUUUCUAGCUAAAGAGCAUAAGUAUGCGUGUGAGUCGAAGGUUUAUUCAAGCACAAAUGGAACAUAUGAAGUACAUCAUGGUUUAGAUAAACAUAGAGUCUGCCUUAAGAAGAUGGUUUGUUCCUGCAUGAAGUGGCAGAUAUGUGGCAUCCCAUGUGAACAUGCCUAUGCAGUCAUCAUCGAGAAAACACUUGUAGCCGAGAACUAUGUCUGUCAAUGGUUCAGGACAGCUAUGUGGAGAAGAAACUACACCGAAGGCCUGGUUCCACAGAGAGGUCCAAGGUUUUGGCCUGAGACAAAUGCUCCUAAUGUGUGUAUACCAGAUGAUGAAGAUCAAGAUAAAGGUACGAAGAAAAAGCCUGACAAAAAGAAGAAGAAGGGUGCCAAUGAGUCGCCAACUAAGAAGAAACCAAAGGAGAAGAAAAGAAUCCUGCAUUAUGGCUUUUGUGGAGAAGCGAAUCAUAAUUCUAGGUUCCACAAGAAAGAGUUUGCCAAGCCAAGUCAAGGAGAACCAAGUGAAGGUUCACUCACUCAAGCUUAA